UUUUCCAUUCCAAUCGGUUUACCUGUUGCUCGCCCUCCCCUUUCUCUCUCUGUCUUUCUCUCUGCCUCACCCUUUCUGUGCCCAUCUUUGGGCUUAUCCUUUCAUCCCUGAUCUCCUUCAUCCCCUCCAAUCCUCAUCUAUUCCUCUCUCGCAGACAGGGAAGAGAAAGAGAGAGUUUUUCCACAGGUAAGUUGCGUCCAGUCUGUUGGGGGAACCUGUGGGAGGAUCGAGAGAGAGAGAGACUAUUGAAGAGCUGUCUUGUGGACUACGCAAAAUAGAGACUGAUACAGAGAAAGAGACUUUGGAGUUAUAGAGACGAAAAUAAGCAUUUUUGGGUAGAAAGGUCCCACCUGAUCCUGUAGUAAAGAGCAGUCAGUAAUCGGAUAACAGGAGAUUUGAUAAGCCACCCCCAACAGCUCCUGCAGGGGCUUAGACCUUUCUUCUAGCCCUCCUCGUCAUCAAUAAAACAACAGCUCUCAUCACGAGCUGAACACACAGAGUAAUCUUCUAACACAGAAUUUGACCAUCAACAGCACAAUGCCAGACUCAGUUUCUAGCACUUAACCAUCAGUUAAGUUCAUUAUGAUGUCUGUAGCACGACAAGGCUAACAAUUCCUCAUCAUCUCCUCUGGUCUCCCACUGAGAGCUUGUGUUGGUAAGAACCCUAAUCAACAGCAGCCAUGGGUGAAAUAGAGCAGAUGAAAAAAGAGGCCGAAGCCCUGAAAACACAGAUCGAGGCGGCUCGUAAAGCAGUGCAUGACACAGACAUGGCCUCCGCCGCUUCUGGGGUGGCUCCGGCCCCUCGGGUCCAACUCAAGACCAGGAGGACCCUCAAAGGCCAUCUGGCCAAAAUCUAUGCCAUGCACUGGAGUACAGACAAUAGGCUAAUGGUCAGUGCAUCACAGGAUGGCAAACUUCUCAUCUGGGAUUCUCACUCUGGAAAUAAGGUCAAUGCUGUUCCCCUCAAGUCCUCAUGGGUGAUGACCUGUGCAUAUGCUCCUUCUGGAAACCUUGUGGCCAGCGGUGGUCUCGACAACAUGUGCACUGUCUACAACUUGAAGACACCUGUAAUCAAGACGGUGAAAGAAUUGGAUGCUCACACAGGUUACUUGUCCUGUGCACGCUUCCUCAGUGACACGGAGGUUCUAACCGCCUCUGGUGAUACCACAUGUGCAUUGUGGGAUUUGGAGACUGGAAAGCAGAAGACGGUUUUCCUGAACCAUGUUGGUGACUGCAUGUGUCUGUCUCUGUCUCCGGACAUGAACUCCUUUGUUUCCGGUGCUUGCGACUCUCUGGCCAAGCUGUGGGACAUCAGAGACGGCCAGUGCAAGCAAACCUUCCUGGGUCACACGAGUGACAUCAACGCCAUUUCAUUCUACCCUGGUGGCAAUGCAAUUAUCACCGGCUCUGAUGACUGCACAUGCAAAAUGUAUGAUCUUCGUGCCGAUCAAGAAGUGAUCAGCUACCAGGAUGCUGCCCUGAACAGCGGCGUAACAUCACUGGCUCUAUCCAUGUCUGGCCGCCUCAUCUUUGCUGGCUACGACGACUUCAACUGCAAUAUUUGGGACUCGCUAAAGGGCGAGAAAGUGGGUGUGUUGUCUGGCCAUGACAACAGGGUGAGCUGCACCGGAGUACCACCAGAUGGCAUGUGUGUUUGCACUGGCUCAUGGGACAGCUUCUUGAAGAUUUGGAACUGAGUUGGACCCUGAAAGAAGAUGAGAUGGGAAUGAGAAUGAGAAUGAGAAUGAGAAUGAGAAUGAGA